AUGAAAGUGAAAUUGAAGGGGACACAAUACUCGGAGAAAGUAGUAGAAAACUGCGAGGAGAUAUUGAAAUCGUCAGGGAAAUACACAAGAACCGAAGCCAAAGCCAUCGACGAAUUCUUGGUGGUCUUCAAGAACCAAGAUUUCCCUCCAGGCUCUUCAAUCCUCUUUGCUCCAAUCCUCUUUGCUCUAUGCCCUAAAGGCUCUCUCACAAUUGCGUUUUCGGAAGACAAAAAAGUUCCAAGAAGUGGAAAAGCAGUGAUCAAGAAUAAGUUGUUGGGUGAGGCAAUUAUUGAAUCAAUGAUCGGAAAGAAUGGUGUGUCCCCUACAACUAGGCAGAGUCUCGCCGAGAGAUUAUCUAAGCUGAUGAACCAACACAAAGAAGCAAACACAUUUGCUAAAGAGAAUUAA